AUGUUUUUCAUUCUCAAUGAUUAUUUUUACCGUCGAGCUCUUUGUUAUUGUUUCGUAACCUGUUGUCGGUUUAUCUUCUCAGUUGGGCGAACGAUGGCUGUGUCUUUAUUUAAAGGGAAAUUAUGGAUACCCAAAUCUUUCAGACUCUUCCAACAAAUCAGAAAUGGGUAUAUUGUUCUCCUUCCGGAAUCCAACCCGGAAAAUUUGAAUCAAAAUCCCUUAUUCAAAAGUGGCUUACCUGACUUUGAGAAUUUAACGCUGGACAAUUGUUCAAUGACAUUUGGAAAAUAUAUUUUAGAUUUUGAGCAUUGCGUUCGUGAAACAGAAAAUAAAGUUGUUGGCAAUAAAGAAGGAGGUAUUGAUAUUUUUGAAGAUGUUAUUGAUCAUUUUGAAGAAUCAGGAGCUCAACUAGAAACUACAUGGGGAUUAUUAAAAACUCUUUUCAUGGUAGACAAUAAACUAAUUCCCCCUGACAAAUAUAUGUCGCUUCAUGAAAGAGCAAGGUCAGCUAGAAGCCUAAAGUAUAGAUCUCGAUACAUCUAUAAUUUGUUGAAGGGAUGUGAUCUUAAUAAACUGACAGAGGAAGAACAAAGGGUCGUCUCCAAGUUCAGACUGGAAGGAAAACUGAAUGGGCUAGAACUUGGUGCUGAAGGUGCGGAACUUUUUCAACAAAUUUUGAUUAAACUUACAAAAGAAACUAAUGAUUUUGGUGAAAAGUAUAAGAUAAGUUUUCCAAAGUAUUCACAUACGAUCACAGAUGGGAUGGUUACUCGUGAUUUUCCUGAAGAUUUAUUAAAAAGUUUAUCUAUAAAUAGAAGCGGAAAUCAAUAUGAAGGACCUUGGAGUAUAAACUUAAAACAUGCUGAAAAGUUUCUGAAGUUUUGUCCUGAUAGGCGGCUGAGAUGGAAUACUUGGCUUGCUCAAAGACAGAUUUCAAGCGUUGAAAGCGGGCCACAAUUGAACAACAGCAAAACUAUAGAAGCCAUACGAAAAUUAAGGAAGGACAUGGCUAAUGUUUUGGGUUAUAUAACUUAUGCACAUAUGUCAAUGGAAACGAAAAUGGCCGGAUCUCUAUCCAAUGUUCAACAAACUCUGGAUAUUUUGCUCAAUAAAGCUAAGCAGCUUCAGAGUAGUGAAAUUGAGUCACUACAAGAGUUUGCUGAAGAUAGAGGUUUUAGAGGUAGGCUUGAACUGUGGGAUGUCCCAUUCUGGGAAAGGAGACAGAAACAAGAAUUAUUCAAUUGGGAUGAAAGAAAGCUUAAAGAAUAUUUUUCAUAUGAAAAAGUUAUUAAUGGCUUAUUGGAUGUUUGUUCUGAAAUGUUUUCAUUGAGGUUUGAAGUGGCUAAAUCCAAAACGUGGCACCAAGAUGUAAAGCUGAUAAAUAUUUAUGAUCAAGAUUCUUCUAGACCAAUUGCUGGUCUUUAUAUUGAUCCUUUUGCAAGGGAAGGGAAGACUUAUACACCUGGUCAGGUGGUCUGUAUACGACCUAGUGCGAGGGCUCUUGGACCUUCCAUACCUCUUGCUGCUAUCGUAUUCUCAUUUAAACCUCCAUCGUCUAAGGAACCCAGUCUUUUGGAUUUUGAAGGAGUUGAAAAUAUUUUCAAGAAGUUUGGACACGCUUUGCAACAGCUACUAUCAACCGUAAAUUAUAUAGAAGUUUCUGGGUUAUCAUAUAUUGAGUGGGAUGCAGUUGAAGUUGUCAGUAACGUUAUGUCUCUUUGGUUAAAUGAUCCUGAAAUAUUAGAAAAGAUUUCUGGCCAUUAUAAAACUAACGAACCUCUCCCAGUUACCAGUUUGGAUGAUGUAAGAAGGCAUCUUUCAGGGUAUUAUAUGAGCGAAGAAAUUUAUAAAGCAAAUUUGGACCUGGAGUUGCAUAGUUCGACUGAAUUUUGGAACAAAAUUGUGAAGAGAUUAUGGCCAGAGCACUUCAUUUUUGAUCUGGAUCCAAGUGACCUGCACCCAUGCAGCAUGGUUCAAUCAUUUGCUGGAGUAUUCGGUGCCGCAUAUUUUUCUCAUAUCUGGGCAAAAAUGCUUGCUCAAGAUGUGUACACAUCUUUUCAAGCGGAAAAAGACAAGAAAACUGUUGGCUUGAGGUUCCGUGAUACAUUUUUGAGUUUUGGAGGAGCUUGUCAUCCUAGUGAAGUUUUCCGGAGGUUCCAAGGGAGAGAUCCCUCUCCCGAAGCUCUUUUAGCAUCGAUAGGAAAAAGACAAACAGAAUCGUAA